UCCCCUUUUCUCUCACCCACCCACCCACCCACAAGAUAAUGCUUUUCCAGCGCUUUUACGACACCUGGUUUGAGCAGCUCAGGCAGCUGGUGCAGCAGCUCAGUGAAGCCCCCAUCCCACCCACCACCGAGGAACACCACCUCCAGCUCCGCCAGCUCGUCCAUAAGGCCAUGUCCCACUACGCGGAGUACUACAGAGCCAAGUCCGCCGCCGCCAAGCACGAUGUGCUAGCUUUCUUCUCCGCCCCAUGGACCACCUCACUGGAGAGGUCGCUCCAUUGGAUCGGCGGGUGGCGGCCCACCACCGCCUUCCACCUCGUCUACACGGAGUCCAGCAUCCUGUUUGAGUCCCACGUGGUGGACAUCCUCCGUGGCUUCCACACCGGCGACCUCGGCGACCUCUCCCCGGGGCAGUUCCGCCGUGUUAGCGAGCUUCAAAUUGAGACCGUACAACAAGAGAAUGAUAUCACCGAUGAGCUCUCCGACUGGCAGGACGAUACGACUGAUAUUCUGGGGACGAAGUACGGAGACGGCGACCGGAAAAUGGAAAAACUGGCGAAGAUUCUCGAGAGGGCGGACCAGCUGCGGCUGAAGACGAUAGAAACCCUGGUGGAGCUGCUGACGCCGCAGCAGGCGGCGGAGUUCUUGGUAGCGGCGGCGGAGCUGCACUUCGGGGUUCGUGGAUGGGGCAUUCGGGUAGACCGUGAACGAGGAAGCAGUUGAUCGAUGACUCAUGUGCAUGUGAUCAUGUACAUUUGGUAAUUGUAAGAAGCUUAUAACUAGACAGCAAUUAAUUACAUCAAUUUCGGGUGAAUUUGAAGUU